AUGUGGGGGAAGGAGACAGUGCUCCUGAAGGUAGGAGUCUAUCCAUUGAUGAAGAUGAUCAUCCAAAUGUCAUAGACCAAAUGGAGCAAACAGCACGCAGACCUAGUGGUAGGAGGAAAAAAUCCUUAAAUAAGAGACACGGGGGAAUGAUUAAUGGACUUCAAUGUCUGUACACUAAUGCGCAAAGCAUGGGAAAUAAACAAGAUGAGCUUGAGCUCUUGGUACAGCAAACCAAAUAUGACAUAAUAGGCAUCACUGAAACCUGGUGGGAUAAGUCCCACGAUUGGAAUGUAAUAAUGGAGGGAUACAAUCUAUUUCAGAGAAACAGACCAGACAAGAAAGGAGGAGGAGUGGCGUUAUAUGUCAGGGAUGUGUAUACCUGUGAAGAGAUCCAAGAUUUAGAACCUCAAAGCCAAAGUGAGAGCAUUUGGGUCAAAAUUAAGGAGAGAAGAAUAACAGUGGCCUCAUUGUGGGAGUUUACUAUAGAUCCCUAAGCCAAACGGAGGACAUAGAUGAUGCCUUCCUGGAACAGAUGGCCAAGCAUGCAAAAGAAGGAGAUAGUAGUAAUGGGGGACUUCAAUUACCCGGAUAUUUGUUGGAUGUCAAACUCAGCCAAGAGCAUAAGGUCAAACAGAUUCCUCACUGGCCUUGCAGACAACUUCAUUGUCCAGAAAGUGGGAGAAGCAACAAGAGGAACAGCCAUUUUAGAUCUGGUCCUAACCAAUGUUGAUGACCUGGUUAGUGGGGUAGAAGUGGAAGGAUCAUUAGGCGCGAGUGAUCAUGCUCUUCUGAAGUUUACUAUACAGCGGAAAGGAGCAGCCAAGCAUACUAGGACUCAAUUUCUUGAUUUUAAGAAAGCCGACUUCAUAAAACUUAGGGAAGUGCUGGGUGAGAUCCCAUGGACAGUAAUACUAAAAGGAAAGGGAGUUCAUGAUGGCUGGGAGUUUGUUAAGAGGGAGAUACUAAAAGCACAACUUCAGGCAAUACCAAUGAGACGGAAACAUGGAAGGUGCCUAAAGAAGCCAGGGUGGCUAUCUAAAGAACUUUUAACUGAGUUAAGAUAAAAAAGGAUGUGUACAAAAAUGGAAAAGGGGGAAACCACCAAAGAGGAAUUCAAACAAAUAGCCAGCACGUGUAGACACAAAGUCAGAAAAGCUAAAGCACAGAAUGAACUCAGGCUUGCUAGAGAGGUUAAAAGCAACAAAAAAGGCUUUUAUGGAUAUGUCCGUAGCAAAAGGAAGAACAAAGAAACAGUGGGGUCACUCAGAGGAGAAGAUGGUGAAAUGCAAACAGGGGACACAGAAAGAGCUGAACUCCUCACUGCCUUCUUUGCCUCAGUCUUCUCAAUAAAGAAAACAAUGCCCGACCUGAAGAAUUGGAGCAAAUGAUUCAGCAGAGGAAACACAGCCCAGAAUAACUAAGGAGAUAGUACAAGAAUACUUGGCUAGUUUAGAUGUAUUCAAGUCUCCAGGGCCAGAUGAACUGCAUCCAAGAGUAUUAAAAGAACUGGCAGAUGUGAUCUCAGAACCACUGGCAGUCAUCUUUGAGAAUUCCUGGAGAACAGGCGAAGUCCCGGCAGACUGGAGGAGGGCAAAUCAUAGAAUCAUAGAGUUGGAAGAGACCACAAGGGCCAUCGAGUCCAACCCCUGACAAAUGUUGUCCCUAUUUUCAAAAGGGGAAAAGAAAGGACCCAAAUAAUUACCGCCCAGUCAGUCUGACAUCAAUACCAGGGAAGAUUCUGGAGCAGAUCAUUAAGCAAACAGUCUGUGAGCACCUAGAAAGGAAUGCUGUGAUCACCAAUAGUCAGCAUGGAUUUCUGAAAAAUAAGUCAUGUCAGACUAACCUGAUCUCAUUUUUGACAGAAUUACAAGCCUGGUAGAUGAAGGGAACGCAGUGGAUGUAGCCUACCUUGAUUUCAGCAAGGCAUUUGACAAGGUGCCCCAUGAUAUUCUUGUAAAGAAGCUGGUAAAAUGCGGUCUUGACUAUGCUACCACUCAGUGGAUUUGUAACUGGCUGACUGGACCGAACCCAAAGGGUGCUCAUCAAUGGUUCCUCUUCAUCCUGGAGAAGAGUGACUAGUGGGGUGCCACAGGGUUCUGUCUUGGGCCCGGUCUUAUUCAACAUCUUUAUCAACGACUUGGAUGAUGGACUCAAGGGCAUCCUGAUCAAAUUUGCAGAUGACACCAAACUGGGAGGGGUGGCUAACACCCCAGAGGACAGGAUCACACUUCAAAACGACCUUGACAGAUUAGAGAACUGGGCCAAAACAAACAAGAUGAAUUUUAACAGGGAGAAAUGUAAAGUAUUGCACUUGGGCAAAAAAAUGAGAGGCACAAAUACAAGAUGGGGGACACCUGGCUUGAGAGCAGUACAUGUGAAAAGGAUCUAGGAGUCUUGGUUGACCACAAACUUGACAUGAGCCAACAGUGUGAUGCGGCAGCUAAAAAAGCCAAUGCAAUUCUGGGCUGCAUCAAUAGGAGUAUAGCAUCUAGAUCAAGGGAAGUAAUAGUGCCACUGUAUUCUGCUCUGGUCAGACCUCACCUGGAGUACUGUGUCCAGUUCUGGGCACCACAGUUCAAGAAGGACACUGACAAACUGGAACGUGUCCAGAGGAGGGCAACCAAAAUGGUCAAAGGCCUGGAAACGAUGCCUUAUGAGGAACGGCUAAGGGAGCUGGGCAUGUUUAGCCUGGAGAAGAGGAGGUUAAGGGGUGAUAUGAUAGCCAUGUUCAAAUAUAUAAAAGGAUGUCACAUAGAGGAGGGAGAAAGGUUGUUUUCUGCUGCUCCAGAGAAGUGGACACGGAGCAAUGGAUCCAAACUACAAGAAAGAAGAUUCCACCUAAACAUUAGGAAGAACUUCCUGACAGUAAGAGCUGUUCGACAGUGGAAUUUGCUGCCAAGGAGUGUGGUGGAGUCUCCUUCUUUGGAGGUCUUUAAGCAGAGGCUUGACAACCAUAUGUCAGGAGUGCUCUGAUGGUGUUUCCUGCUUGGCAGGGGGUUGGACUCGAUGGCCCUUGGGGUCUCUUCCAACUCUAUGAUUCUAUGAUUCUACUUUUGCAAACCAAUAAAUCUGUAAUAAUAUGUAUGUUAAACAUACGGUAUAGCUUUGGGGCGGCGGCGUGGAACGCCCCCUGGUGUUCAAAGGGAAAGGCUCGUGAAUCGCUUAUUUGUUCUUGCAUGAUUUCCGGGAAUUAGCUUUAAAAAAAGGGGUGGGUGGGAAGAAUGUUAAGUCUGUUCCCGUUCCCUCCCUCUCGUGCUCCAAAACCCAGCAAUAGGAAAAUCAACAGAGAAAGGAGAGCGAAGCAGCUGCAGGUAGCUGCUUUCUUAGCAAGCUCACCCUUAUUCUGCGGUGCUUAGAUAAGGUAAGAAUUGAACAGCUUUGAAAACUGGAGGGUGGAAGGGUUGGAGAGAGUUAGGCAGCUCCUCUGCUGCUACAGAAGAUGUUGAGGAGACCCAGUGGUCCGUUAGCUCAGCUUUCCGGCUUUUCCACCUGGAGAUUAUCAUAAUAAUAAUAAUAAUAAUAAUAAUAAAAUUUAUUUAUACCCCGCCCUCCCCAGCCAAGGCCGGGCUCAGGGCAGCUAACAACCAAUAAUAAAAACAAGUUGAAUGAAUACAACUUAAAAACAAGAUUAAAAUACAACAUUAAAACAUUAAAAUGCAGCCUCAUCACAGGAGAAAGGAAAAAAGAAAGAGGGGGGGGGGAGUCAAAUUGACUCCAAGCCAAAGGCCAGGACUACCGCUCCCAUCAUCCAUUUUUGAGGCAGAGGAGGAUUAAGAGAUGGUGAAAGAGGAUUCUCCCAGCGUGGCUCAGAUGAUUCUUCCCAUUUCUAACUUUCCGAAAUGAAGGUUUUGUGGCUGCCCGAUCCCUUGCCCGAGAAAGAGAUGAAUUUCACACAAUGUCCCGUCCCCCACAUUCCUCUUUAUUUUUAUUUUUUUGCAAUUGCUAUUAUCGAUUUUCAUAUUAUAUAUUUAUACAUUCUUACAGUACAGUGGUACCUCAGGUUAAGAGCUUAAUUCGUUCCGGAGGUCCGCUCUUAACAUGAAACUGUUCUUAACCUGAAGCACCACUUUAGCUAAUGGGGCCUCCCACUGCCGCCGCACGAUUUCUGUUCUCAUCCUGAAGCAAAGUUCUUAACCUGAGGUAAUAUUUCUGGGUUAGCGGAGUCUGUAACCUGAAGCGUAUGUAACCCGAGGUACCACUGUAUUAGUAAUCUAAAACUCACAGGAUUACCACUUCCCUCUAACCCUCUUCUGGUUUUCUUGUUUCCACACUAUAAUAUUUACACACUGAUUUAUAUCAGCAUGCUGUUUAUAUCUAUGCAUAGUUCUUUCUAUAAGCUCAUAUAGAAUGCUCCAUCAUUUAUAUGUUGCAUGCAGUGAAUGUUUUAGUCGGUUUGAUUCCAUUUGUGAAUCACUUCCCAUGUAAUAUCUCCACCCAAUUUCUGUCUAGAGAGAUGAAAUGCUUCCUUUAAAAGAAACGGGAGGGAGAUUGUGGGACUCUGAACAGCAACGGCAGACACUGAGGUGCGAAAUGUUGGCGUAGAUCUGUUUUCAGGGAGUUUCCUGCUGUUGUAGCCACCGAAGGCCGGCUCUCAAAAAGUGGUUUGCUUGCUUGUUUCAGUCUGGCUGAGCUCAGGGAGAAAAUGGCCACUGCUUAUGUGUUGCAAAAUGACCGCCCUCUUGCCACAACAAUUUCAAAGUCUGUGUGCUGCACAGAAGCAUCUCUCUGGAAUAUUCCAAUAGUCCAGCUGUGGUCAAGAAGCUAGAUCUACCCUUGUUGCUGGAUGAUUACUUACUUUGUUAUGCUUAGUUUUAUUGUAUAACUUCCCACACCACCCAAUUAAACCCCUAUCUAGCAUUCCCUCCAAAUCAUUGACAGUACAGUGGUACCUUGGGAUGCGAACGGGAUCCGUUCCGAGCCCCGUUCGCAUCCUGAAUAGAACGUAAGACGCCACGGCGCGUGUGCGUGGGUUGCGUUUUGCCACUUCCGCUCAUAUGCGUGACGUUAUUUUGAGCGUCUGUGCAUGCGCGAACGGCGAAACCUGGAAGUAAUGCACUCCGUUACUUCCGGGUUGCCGCAGAGCGCACCCCAAGUGCUCUCAACCUGAAGCACAUUCAACCCGAGGUAUGACUGUAUAAUUGUUUAGUUUAUAGAUGCAUACCUUGACUUUCAGUUAUCUCCAGAAUGGAUUAUUACAGAUCAUUUAUUUCAUUCCAUUUCUGAAUUGUUUCCUGUUUAAUGUCUGGGAGUGAUUCAACAAUAAAAGCAACUCCAAGCAUACAGUGGUAUCUCUGGUUAUGAACUUAAUUCAUUCUGGAGGUCCGUUCUCAACCUGUAACUGUUCUUAACCUGAAGCACCACUUUAGCUAAUGGGGCCUCCCGCUGCCGCCACCGCACGAUUUCUGUUCUCAUCCUGGGGCAAAGUACUUAACCCGAGAUGCUACUUCCGGGUUAGCGGAGUCUGUAACCCGAAGUGUUUGUAACCCGAGGUGUUUGUAACCCGAGGUACCGCUGUACAAUAAAAAAAUCCUAUAUAAUCCAAAAUAAUACUGUACAAACAAGAAAGAAAAACAAAACAUACAAAAAAAGGAAAACAAAAUAAAAAACAAGUCAAAAAAGCAUACAUCUACAAAUAAAACCCUAUCAUCAUUCUAAUCUAAUCAAUGAUUGUAAUUUUUGUUAUGAUUUUGCAUUGAAAAUAAAAUAAUUUUUAAAAAAAUCCUAUAUAAAAUAAUUUAAAAUCCAAUACAGAUAUGAACUAGUAAUCAAUCAGGAGUGGAAUACAAAGCAACUAAGGCAUAAUAAUAAUAAUAAUAAUAAUAAUAAUAAUAAUAAUAAUCCCGUUCUCAUGUUGCCACCCUCCAGACCUCUCGUGCAGGAGGCACACAAAGAAGGGCCUCAGAAGAUGAUCUCAGGGUCCGGGUAGAUUCAUAUGGAAAUAAAUCUCCUACAAAUGUAUACAUUGGUACCUUGGUUCUCAAACUUAAUCUGUUCCAGAAGCCCGUUCCAAAACUAAAGCGUUCCAAAACCAAGGCACACUUUCCCAUAGAAAGUAAUGCAAAAAGGAUUAAUCCAUUUCAGACUUUUAAAAACAACCCUAAAACAUCAAUUUAACAUGAAUUUUAUUAUCUAACGAGACCAUUGAUCCAUGAAAUGAAAGCAAUAAUCAAUGUACUACUGUACUAUUAAAUAAAUAAGACAGUAUUGUAGAUGAUAAAAAUUAAAAUCAUAACAAAAAUUACAAACAUUGAUUAGAUUAGAAUGAUGAUAUGGUUUUAUUUGUAGAUGUAUGCUUUUUUUUCUUACCUGCACUGGUGACGGUCAUUGUUUAGAUGGUGGGCUUUUAUCCAUUUCCGCAGUCACACAAUCAAUCAAUCAAUCAAUCAAUCAGUAGCUGAACUGGGUUCCACACAGUCACAAAAACAAAUUAAUCAAAAAAGCCUCAAAAACAAAAAUGCAAAAUAAAUAGCAAAAACAAAAAUGCCAAACUUAAUCUGUUCCAGAAGUUGGUUUGACUGUCCUCCCAGUUGAACGACGUGGCCCAGGGAGAGAGGGAAAAUAGUGGAAGUGAACAGCUGGCUUCGCAAAUGGUGUAAACAGGAACGGUUUGGAUUCUUAGAUCACGGACUGCAGUUUCUUGAAGAUGGACUUCUGGCAAGCGAUGGGCUGCACCUCACAACGGUUGGGAGAAAUGUUUUUGCCAAAAAUCUCAGAAACCUCAUCAGGAGGGCUUUAAACUGACUAAUGUGGGGAGGGAGAUAGUGCUCCUGAAGGUAGGAGUCUAUCAAUUGAUGAAGAUGAUCAUCCAAAUGUCAUAGACCAAAUGGAGCAAACAGCACACAGACCUAGUGGUGGGAGGAAAAAAUCCUUAAAUAAGAGUCACGGGGAAAUGAUUAAUGGACUUCAAUGUCUGUACACUAAUGCGCAAAGCAUGGGAAAUAAACAAGAUGAGCUUGAGCUCUUGGUACAGCAAACUAAAUAUGACAUAAUAGGCAUCACUGAAACCUGGUGGGAUAAGUCCCACGAUUGGAAUGUAAUAAUGGGGGAUACAAUCUAUUUCAGAGAAACAGACCAGACAAGAAAGGAGGAGGAGUGGCGUUAUAUGUCAGGGAUGUGUAUACCUGUGAAGAGAUCCAAGAUUUAGAACCUCAAAGCCAAAGUGAGAGCAUUUGGGUCAAAAUUAAGGAGAGAAGAAUAACAGUGACCUCAUUGUGGGAGUUUACUAUAGAUCCCCAAGCCAAACGGAGGACAUAGAUGAUGCCUUCCUGGAACAGAUGGCCAAGCAUGCAAAAGGAAGGAGAUAGUAGUAAUGGGGGACUUCAAUUACCCGGAUAUUUGUUGGAUGUCAAACUCAGCCAAGAGCAUAAGGUCAAACAGAUUCCUCACUGGCCUUGCAGACAACUUCAUUGUCCAGAAAGUGGGAGAAGCAACAAGAGGAACAGCCAUUUUAGAUCUGGUCCUAACCAAUGUUGAUGACCUGGUUAGUGGGGUAGAAGUGGAAGGAUCAUUAGGCGCAAGUGAUCAUGCUCUUCUGAAGUUUACUAUACAGCGGAAAGGAGCAGCCAAGCAUACUAGGACUCAAUUUCUUGACUUUAAGAAAGCUGACUUCAUAAAACUUAGGGAAGUGCUGGGUGAGAUCCCAUGGACAGUAAUACUAAAAGGAAAGGGAGUUCAUGAUGGCUGGGAGUUUGUUAAGAGGGAGAUACUAAAAGCACAACGUCAGGCAAUACCAAUGAGACGGAAACAUGGAAGGUGCCUAAAGAAGCCAGGGUGGCUAUCUAAAGAACUUUUAACUGAGUUAAGAUUAAAAAGGAUGUGUACAAAAAUGGAAAAGGGGGAAACCACCAAAGAGGAAUUCAAACAAAUAGCCAGCACGUGUAGACACAAAGUCAGAAAAGCUAAAGCACAGAAUGAACUCAGGCUUGCUAGAGAGGUUAAAAGCAACAAAAAGGCUUUUAUGGGUAUGUCCGUAGCAAAAGGAAGAACAAAGAAACAGUGGGGUCACUCAGAGGAGAAGAUGGUGAAAUGCAAACAGGGGACACAGAAAGAGCUGAACUCCUCAAUGCCUUCUUUGCCUCAGUCUUCUCCGAUAAAGAAAACAAUGCCCGACCUGAAGAAUUUGGAGCAAAUGAUUCAGCAAAGGAAACACAGCCCAGAAUAACUAAGGAGAUAGUACAAGAAUACUUGGCUAGUUUAGAUGUAUUCAAGUCUCCAGGGCCAGAUGAACUGCAUCCAAGAGUAUUAAAAGAACUGGCAGAUGUGAUCUCAGAACCACUGGCAGUCAUCUUUGAGAAUUCCUGGAGAACAGGCGAAGUCCCGGCAGACUGGAGGAGGGCAAAUGUUGUCCCUAUUUUCAAAAAGGGGAAAAGAGAGGACCCAAAUAAUUACCGCCCAGUCAGUCUGACAUCAAUACCAGGGAAGAUUCUGGAGCAGAUCAUUAAGCAAACAGUCUGUGAGCACCUAGAAAGGAAUGCUGUGAUCACCAAUAGUCAGCAUGGAUUUCUGAAAAAUAAGUCAUGUCAGACUAACCUGAUCUCGUUUUUGACAGAAUUACAAGCCUGGUGGAUGAAGGGAACGCAGUGGAUGUAGCCUACCUUGAUUUCAGCAAGGCAUUUGACAAGGUGCCUCAUGAUAUUCUUGUAAAGAAGCUGGUAAAAUGUGGUCUUGACUAUGCUACCACUCAGUGGAUUUGUAACUGGCUGACUGACCGAACCCAAAGGGUGCUCAUCAAUGGUUCCUCUUCAUCCUGGAGAAGAGUGACUAGUGGGGUGCCACAGGGUUCUGUCUUGGGCCCGGUCUUAUUCAACAUCUUUAUCAACGACUUGGAUGAUGGACUCAAGGGCAUCCUGAUCAAAUUUGCAGAUGACACCAAAUUGGGAGGGGUGGCUAACACCCCAGAGGACAGGAUCACACUUCAAAACGACCUUGACAGAUUAGAGAACUGGGCCAAAACAAACAAGAUGAAUUUUAACAGGGAGAAAUGUAAAGUAUUGCACUUGGGCAAAAAAAUGAGAGGCACAAAUACAAGAUGGGGGACACCUGGCUUGAGAGCAGUACAUGUGAAAAGGAUCUAGGAGUCUUGGUUGACCACAAACUUCACAUGAGCCAACAGUGUGACGCGGCAGCUAAAAAAACCAAUGCAAUUCUGGGCUGCAUCAAUAGGAGUAUAGCAUCUAGAUCAAGGGAAGUAAUAGUGCCACUGUAUUCUGCUCUGGUCAGACCUCACCUGGAGUACUGUGUCCAGUUCUGGGCACCACACUUCAAGAAGGACAUUGACAAACUGGAACGUGUCCAGAGGAGGGCAACCAAAAUGGUCAAAGGCCUGGAAACGAUGCCUUAUGAGGAACGGCUAAGAGAGCUGGGCAUGUUUAGCCUGGAGAAGAGGAGGUUAAGGGGUGAUAUGAUAGCCAUGUUCAAAUAUAUAAAAGGAUGUCACAUAGAGGAGGGAGAAAGGUUGUUUUCUGCUGCUCCAGAGAAGCGGACACGGAGCAAUGGAUCCAAACUACAAGAAAGAAGAUUCCACCUAAACAUUAGGAAGAACUUCCUGACAGUAAGAGCUGUUCGACAGUGGAAUUUGCUGCCAAGGAGUGUGGUGGAGUCUCCUUCUUUGGAGGUCUUUAAGCAGAGGCUUGACAACCAUAUGUCAGGAGUGCUCUGAUGGUGUUUCCUGCUUGGCAGGGGGUUGGACUCGAUGGCCCUUGUGGUCUCUUCCAACUCUAUGAUUCUAUGAUUCUAUGAUUCUAUGAUUCUAUGACUUCCGAAAUGUUCAAAAACCAAGGCACAGCUUCUGAUUGGUGCAGGUGCCCCGCAAACAAUAGCCGACAGCUGCAUCGGACGUUCAGCUUCUGAAAAACGUUCAAAAACCGAACACUUACUUCCGGGUUUUCGGCGUUUGAGUACCAAGGUACCACUGUGCAUGCUUCGUUUGUCAUGAGCUAACCUGCAAUGUUCUCUCCAGGGAGCAGCGAGGAGGUUACUAAAUUUCUCAGUUGCUGACAAAAUGAGUGACAAAAUGAAAAUCGCGGUAGCUUCCGCUCACGUUUUAGGUGAGUCCCUCAGAAGAUGCUGCAUGGACAAUUCAGGCAGCUUCUGUUUUAUUUUGUUAUCUUCAAAACAUUUCUAUUGUAAUGGGUUUGAUGUGUUUAAUUAAAACCUGUGUGUCAGGGGAAACGAAAUGGGUAUUGUAUUAUUUAUUUAAAUUUGUAUACUGCCCAAUACCAGUAGAUCUCAGGGCGGUUCACAAUAUAUUAAAAAAACACACAAUAAAAAGAACAAAGACAAUCCAAUAACUCCCCCCCCCCCCCGCCCAACACAUUUAAAAGGGCACCCAAUGCCUAUGCAGGUGUAAGAACUAAUUCAGUUAUAUACACUUCCUGGGUUGUGAUUUAGGGUUGUAAUCCUAGGGAAUCCACAAAUACUCAUUUCCUUGCGAGGUGACAGACUUGAGGGGCAUAAGAGUUUAGGAAGCCCAAAGCCUCAUAAUGGCUAGGAGUGAAUAGAGGUGAAAAGACUAAUCCACUUGCAGGGAAUUUCCGUGGGGGUAAAAACCAUUAGCAAAAGCAAAGGAUCCAAUGGGAAGGAAAGGAAUCUCAACUAAAUCAUCCAUGACAGAUGGCCUCCCGAUCUCUGCUUAAAUACCACAGCCUCCCAAGGGAGACCAUUCUGCUGUCAAACGGCUAUUACUGUCAGAAAGCUUUUCCGUAUGCUAGCUGGAAUCUUCUUUCUUGUAACUCGAAGCUAUGAGUUCCAGUCCUACCACCCCAGAGAAAACCCCAAGGUGUGGGGAAGCCUGCUUUUAGUAAAAGGUAAAGGGACCCCUAACCUUUAAGUAUUAAGUCCAGUUGCGGACAACUGGGGUUGCAGCGCUCAUUUCGCUUUACUGGCCAAGGGAGCCAGCGUUUGCAGACAGCUUCCGGGUCAUGUGGCCAGCAUGACUGAGCCACUUCUGGCGAACCAGAGCAGCGCACGGAAACGCCGUUUACCUUCCUGCUGGAAUAGUACCUAUUUAUCUACUUGCACUUUGACGUGCUUUCGAACUGCUAGGUUGGCAGGAGCAGGGACCGAGCAACGGGAGCUCACCCCGUCACGGGGAUUCGAACCGCCGACCUUCUGAUUGGCAAGCCCUAGGCUCUGUGGUUUAGACCACAGCACCACCCACAUCCCUUCUGCUUUUAGUACUUGGUUUCUAAACCGUUUAGGGCUUUGUAUGCGAGGACAAACACCUAGCAGUAUCCCUGUCUCUGAAAGUACCGUCUGCUUUUUCAGACCACAGAAACCUACUGGAUGCCAUCAGCUUCAGGGGAGUUAUUUCGCAUGCCCCUCAGUCGCCAUACCUUCAGCUUGUUAAUGGGCCUGAUGGGUCAGGGGUAUAUUUAGUUGCAGUGCUGAGUGACCUGCGCUUUCUCCUUGCAGGUGCUGCAGUAAAGGGCCUCAACAUCGCAGUACCGGUAGCUGUUGUUCCGUAUGUGUGCGCUGCCGUUGUGGUGAUCACUAUUGCCACUAUCGCUGAAAGGGUCAUCAAUAAUCGCAGUAAGCCAAGCACCCAUGUUUUCAUCAGCCCAGUCUAUCACAAAGAUCCUGUCAGUGGGGUUUUUUAGGGAUGGGACAGGCCUGGCAAAAUUGACUUCUGCGUACGUUUUCAUCCUGCCUCUCAACACCGAAAUUAACAGUGGCACUUUUAGGCCUGAGCCCUGGACUCUGCAACCCUAGAUGCAAGAGGAACCUGACAACACAGUGAUUGGUGCAUGCAUGUCGUGCCGGGGAAAAGACUUGGUCUCGUUUACACAUGCCAGAGCUGACACUGGGUGAGAAGGACAGGGCUUCACCUUCUUCUCCCGGUACGCCCCACGGAGGACCUCAAGGUCCAUAAAUAGCAACACCCUAGUGGUCCUGGGCCCUAAGGAAGUUAGAUUAGCUUCAACCAGAGCCAGGGCCUUUUCAACACUGGCUCCGGCCUGGUGGAACGCUCUGUCUCAUGAGACCAGGGCCCUGCAGGAUCUGAUUUCUUUCCGCAGGGCCUGUAAGACAGAGUUGUUCCACCUGGUCUUUGGCUUGGAGCCAAUUUGAUUCCCUCCUCCUCUUUCUUUUUCCUUUCUCCUCCUGUGAUGAGGCUACAUUUUAAUGUUUCAAUAUUUCAAUAUUUAUUUUAAUGUUUCAAUAUUUUAAUGUUGUAUUUUAAUCUUGUUUUUAAGUUGUAUUCAUUCAACUUGUUUUUAUUAUUGCUUGUUAGCCGCCCUAAGCCCGGCCUUGGCUGGGGAGGGACGGGUAAUAAUAUUAUUAUUAUUACGGUAAUUAUUAUUAUUAUUAUUCUAAAACACCACCCAGCUUUGCUUCCUAGGUUAUCAAAGUUAGGCUGUUGCUGCAGGUGAGAAAAGACUCGGCUGAAAGCCCCAGCUAUCAGUGCAAAUUAAAACCAGUUAAAAUUUGGCAUAGUUUAUGUAAGCUAGAGGGCAAGAGACCCUGGUGACAGGUGAACACCAGUUCCUGAAAAACCACAGGAGGGGAGAAGGCUCUUGUGCUCAGUUCCUGCUCGCUGGUUUCCCAGAAGAGGCACCUGGUUGGCCACUUGGAGAACAGGAACCUGGACUUGAUGGGCCAUUGUCCUGACCCAGCAAGCUCUUAUGAGUUUAUGUCACCACAACAUCCCUUUUUUCUUUAACUGUCCAGGGGUCUUUUACCUUUUAGAGGGACGUGAGAUCAGAAGGUCAGUGGUUCGAAUCCCCGCGACGGGGUGAGCUCUCGUUGCUCUGUCCCUGCUCCUGCCAACCUAGCAGUUCGAAAGCAUGCCAGUGCAAGUAGAUAAAUAGGUACCACUGUGGUGGGAAGGUAAACGACAUUUUUGUGCACUCUGGCUUCCAUCACAGUGUUCUGCUGUGCCAGAAGUGGUUUAGUCCUGCUGGCCACGUGACCCGGAAAGCUGUCUGUGGGCAAAAGCCGGCUCCCUUGGCCUGAAAAUGAUGAUGAGUGCCACAACCCCAUAGUCUCCUUUGACUGGACUUAACCAUCCAGGGGUCCUUUACCUUCUACCUUUACUACCCAGGAAAACAAUGGCAAGGACUCCAUCUGUGCCCAUUUUCAUUUCCACAGUCCCCUCCUUUAUUCUGAGAAAAAGUUUGUUCCCAUGGAUUUGUGGGUCCUGAAGAAGUUCCGUGGGGACUUCCUCUCCUAAAACCAGCUUCCUCUUCUAAAACCAGGGCUUGAUCUCUCCUUGUUUCUUUGCAGAUAAUGCACGAGCAUGA